AUGGCCAAAUCAUUACCAUCUCGUGCCCAGUUAGUAGGCUACAACCACGCCGUUGCCGGGCAUGAUGGCAUCCUUUGUGAUGCUGACGGCGAACUAUUAAUUAAACCGUGCACUUCAACUGAAAUCGACUUUUACGAAACCUCAAUCGCAUUCUAUCCUGAAUUCGUGGAUUUGAUGCCAAGAUUUGUCGGCACUCUAUCUUUGAAUGACCAAAUCCCUAAUCCAGCCAUCAAGGAAGACGUCACAAAUUUACCUCCACAGCCAAAUCAGACGAGUAUAGAAGAAUCAAUCGAAUCUUUACAACCUGGUGGGUCGACGAAUAAAGAUUUCAACUUUAUCCCUGAACUUACAGAAGGUCCAUCCCUCCAAUGCAUGGCUAACAGCACAUCUGGCCAUCGGAUAGCAACAGAUAAGGCUGUGGUACUUGAAAAUGUUUCCUAUGGGUUCCACAAACCUAAUAUUUUGGAUGUCAAACUUGGAGUACGUUUAUGGGCUGAUGAUGCACCCGAAGAUAAACGAAAUCGUUUCGACAAAAUCACCGCUGAAUCAACGCAUAAGGACCUUGGGUUCCGUAUCGCGGGAAUGCGGGUGUGGCAAGGGCCUUCUUCCAAGGGGGAGGAUGUAGAUGAAGAUGGCUACAAAAUUUAUGACAAGAACUAUGGAAGAUUCUACGUCAACAAAGACAAUGUCGAAGACGCUUUCAAAAGUUUUAUUUUCAAUGAAGGUGCCGGACUAAAUGAAGAGCUAGGGAAAAUUGUUUUGCAGGCUUUUCUCGCUGAUUUGAACCGAAUUCAAUCGGCCCUUGAAAGCCACGAAAAUCGGAUGUUUUCUGCGAGUUUACUUUUCGUAUUUGAGGGGGAUGGAAAUAUCCUUAGAAAUGCCAUGGAAGAGGCGAGUACUCAAUCGAUAGCUAAGGAAGCGGAAUCUGAUGAUGAUGAGGAGGAUGAUGAAGCCGGACUCAAAAUAUAUGCUGUUAAGCUUAUAGAUUUUGCGCACGCAAAGUGGACGCCCGGAAAUGGUCCAGAUGAAAAUACCCUAAUUGGAGUGAGAAGCGUUAUCAAAAUAUUAAACAAUUUAGCUUCGACCUAA